AUGGCAUUCUUGGCAUCGUUCGUUCUGGUCGCAUCUGUCCUUACACAACAGGCGGUUGCAGUCACCUCACAGCAGAUUCUGACCGACUUGUCGUCCACUCUUUCUGCCGGUUCGCAAGUCAUUGCAACCACCAAUCCUUCUUACCCAAGCAAUUUCACUCAACGGUGGAGCAUCUACUCAAAAGCUGAGCCGGCUUACACUGUCGCUGCCAAACCCGCUACAGCGGGAGAUGUGCAGAAGAUCUUGCAGUAUGCGUCUAAGAACAAGGUCUCUCUCUUGGCAACGGGCGGUGGCCACGGUUACACCACGACACUUGGUGGUUUAAAGAAUGCGCUCAAUGUUGACUUGAGUAGCUUCAAGAAGGUUGAAGUUGAUGCUUCCGCCAACACCAUGGUUAUCGGAGCCGCUACUACUUUUGCUGAUAUGUACGAGCCCCUGUACACGGCUGGGAAAAUGAUGCCGGCUGGAGGGUCUUCCACGCCAAGUAUUAUCGGCGUUACCUUGGGUGGGGGUAUCGGCCCCUUGACCGGCGAGCACGGACUUCUCAUCGACUCCCUGCUCUCCGUUGAGAUGGUAACUGGAUCGGGCCAGAUCCUAACGGCGUCGGCUACUGAGAACCCCGACCUCUUCUGGGGCAUGCGAGGCGCUGGCGUCAACUUUGGUGUGGUCACAUCAGCGACCUACCGCAUUUACGAUACUAUUAACAAUGGCAUGGUGUACAAUGCCGACAUGUCAUUCGAAGCUGAGAAGAACGCCACGAUAUUCCAGAUCUUGCAGACUUAUCAGGGAAGCCAAGAUGAUAAGCUUGCGAUAUCGAUUUCGUCCUCCCUGAGAAACAACAUCCCAACAAUCGAUCUUAGCGCCAUUUACUUCGGCAACAAGGAGCAGGGUGAUGCCGCUAUCAAGUCUUUCAUCGACCAGAAGCCUAGGUUCAGCAACGUCUCCGUUGUGCCCUACAACCAACUGGUGUACGUUGCCAACUUUGGUGGCGAUGCAUUCGCUCGCCAGAAGGGUAUCAGAGCCGAUAUGUGGGGCUACCAACUCAACAACCUCACUGUGCCUACGCUGGUUGACACAUACACCGGAUACAUCAACUUUCUCCUCGCUAAUCCAGACGUCAGUAACGCUUUCUGGCUUUUGGAGAAAUUCGGCCUGGGUGUCACGGCGACUAUCGACGACGACUCUACUGCGUAUGCUUGGCGCAAGACCGUCUCAUAUGGCUUUUUCGAGUUCAACUUACCCGAGGGCGUCACUGCUGCACAGACUAACAAGGUCGACACUUUCGCUAAGAAGCUCCGCAACGACAUGGUGUCUGCAUGUGGAAACCCAGAGGGUCAUGUGUUCCCCAACUACGCCCGUGGCAUUGAGAAGCCGGAGCAAGUAUACGGAAAGGCGAAGCUGCCGAGGCUUCGGAUACUGAAGAAGAAGUACGACCCGAAAGGCUUGUUCAACUAUUACAAUUCUUUCGCGUAA